UUGUUGCCAAGAAGUUGUUUGCUUCUUGCAGUGCACUCUCAUGGCUUUGCCACACAACGGCAAACCACGGGUAUUGGUCAUCAUGACCUGGAGCACUGUAUACACUAGUCUCUCGUCUCAUCGGAUCAGGCGCCACCCAUGAAGGAUCAUACCCAGGUGCACCCGGUCAUCAUGCAGGCCAUCAUGAAGCUGGUGCAGGUGCUGCAGCAGGAGCUACGCGCUGCCUUGGAGACCCGGGACCGCGGGAAGCUCACGGACGGCUUGGAGAUGCUGCGCUACGCCAAGGUUGCGCAAUUGCCCGAGGAGGAUGCGGCAGUGAGGACCUUGGUGGCCAUCGAACUGGAGGAGGCCAUCCGCAGCCGAGGCGAGCUGGAGCUGAAGCAGGCGCUCCUGAGCGCCCACCAGUACGAGCACCGCGCGUCUCGGCUCUACAAGGAGGCGCUGGACACGCUGCAGCAGGUCCUGGAAGAGAAGCGCGUGGAGCAGAUGGUGAGGCAGCUGACUGAUGCAGCGACCCGCGGUGACCUGGAGACGCUGCAUGGGCUCCUGCAGGCGGGGAAGGACAAGACCACAGGCACCACGCUAGCUGCGCGGCCGGAAUAUGCUGAGGCAGAGGCGAGCUUGAAGAAGUUGGUGCGCUCCGCGCUGCAGCGCGCUGCCGCGAGCUGCAGCCGCAGCGCUGUGCGCAAGGCCUGCGCCCAGGCGGCGCACUACGGCUUCAUGGACCUGCCCGAAUACCAGCGCCUGGUAGACUUGCGGAGGCAGCUCUGCCUGCAGAACUUGCAGGACGCAACAAACCGGAAGGAGGAGGAGGCUCUGCAGGCACACCUGCAAGAGUUCAUCGAGGAGCCUGAGCUUCUUGAAUGGGCCCGCAAGGAAUCGGUAUUUCAAGAUGCCCUCAAGGCCUACAAGGAGAUCCUCAAGCUUCCAGCGUACUUCGAGGAUGAGCAGAUCCUCAGCAAAAUCUCUGCAAGCUACACGGUGAAGCGGGAGCAGCUCAAAGAUCAGCAGCUCCGAGAGGUGUUUCAGGAGAUGAUGGACGCGACUUAUCGCCGAAUCCGGACCAAAGAUCGUCGCGGUGAUGUGCCGUCGCGCCUGGUGGUGCAAGAAGCGAUUGUGGUGCAAAACUUGCCCAACUUCGUGGAGUAUAUGCGCCGACGGGAGGACAUUCGGAGGCAGUGUACAGACCGACCUCCAGCAAUGAUGCUCAACGAUAUGGAUAGCCGAUCAGUGUGCAAGACCUUUGCAAAGCUGCCAACGAGCGGCAAGCAGUUUCAUGCUGUUUGGCGAGAUGCGCGGAAUCUACCCGUGGACCCCAUUGAUACACAGAUCAACGAGUACUACUUGUUCCAUGGUACGAGGCCAGAAGCAGCCAAUGCGAUCACCGAAGGUGAUUUCCGGCUGGACUUGGCUGGCUCCAAUGCCGGGACGCUUUAUGGCAGAGGUGUCUACUUCAGUGAAAGCACCGGCAAGAGCGACGAGUACGCAACAGAGGACACAAGAGGCUGGUGCUGCAUGCUGGUGUGCAGAGUCACCUUAGGUCGAGUCCUGUACACCGAUGAAGAGUAUCCGGACACUAGCGCGCUUGUGCGGCAAUGCACCCGCGGGGACCACCAUUCGGUGCUCGGGGACCGCGAGAAGAUUCGCAGCACGUUUCGCGAGAUGAUCGUUUUCGACACCGACCAGGCCUACCCAGAAUUCCUUGUAUGGUACACAAGAGAACAUUGAU